AUGGUAUUAAAAUCAACAACUGCAGGGAACGUAUCAGUAUAUCAAGUUUCUGGUACCAAUGUUUCUCGAUCAUUACCUGAUUGGAUAGACAAGAAACGUAGACGAGCCCUUAAACAAGAUUUAGAAUAUCAAAAUAGAAUAGAAUUAAUUCAAGAUUUUGAAUUUAGUGAAGCAUCAAAUAAAAUUAAAGUGACUAAUGAUGGACAAUAUUGUAUGGCUACAGGGACUUAUAAACCACAAAUUCAUGUUUAUGAAUUUGCCAAUUUAUCAUUAAAAUUUGAUCGUCAUACUAAUGUUGAAAAUAUUGAUUUUUUAAUUUUAAGUAAUGAUUGGACUAAAAGUGUUCAUUUACAAUGUGAUAGAAGUAUUGAAUUUCAAACUGCUGGUGGAUUACAUUAUCGUACUAGAAUACCUAAAUUUGGUCGAUGUUUGACAUAUAAUCCAAUUAAUUGUGAUUUGAUUGUUGGUAGUUCAAGUGAUGAAUUAUAUCGAUUGAAUUUAGAUCAAGGUCGAUUUUUAUCUCCUUUGAAAUUGGAUAUGAUUGAUGAUAGUGUUGAUAAUGGGUGUAAUGCUGUUGAUAUUAAUUCUGUACAUGGAUUAAUAAGUGCUGGUUUAGAUGAUGGUACUGUUGAAUUUUGGGAUCCAAGAUCAAAACAAAGAGCUGGGAAAAUGUUUGUUAGUGAUCAAUUAAUAAAUAGUAUUGGUACUGAACAAAGUUCUUGUGGUAUUACAUCACUUGCAUUCCGACCUCAAGAUGCAUUAAAUUUUGCUUGUGGGACAAGCACUGGACAAACAUUAUUAUAUGAUUUACGUGCAUCACAACCUUAUCAAGUCAAAGAUCAAGGAUAUGGUUAUGAUAUUAAAAAAAUCAUUUGGUGUCAAGAUUCAUUAAAACCAGAAAUGAUUUUAACUAGUGAUAAAAGAAUUGUGAAAAUAUGGGAUCAUACUAAUGGUAAAUCAUUUGCUUCUAUGGAACCUACAGUUGAUAUUAAUGAUAUUUGUCAUAUACCUCAAUCAGGGAUGUUUUUCAUGGCCAAUGAAGGAAUGCCCAUGCAUACUUACUAUAUCCCUAAUUUGGGUCCUGCUCCUAAUUGGUGUUCCUUUUUGGAUAAUGUUACGGAAGAAUUGGAAGAAAAACCAUCUGAUUCAAUCUAUUCCAAUUAUAAAUUUAUUACUCGUGAUGAAGUGGUGAAAUUGAAUUUGACUCAUUUGAUUGGAUCCAAAGUGUUACGGUCAUAUAUGCAUGGGUUUUUCAUUAAUACUGAAUUAUAUGAUAAAGUCAAUUUGAUUAGUAAUCCAAAUUCAAUUUAUGAUCAACGUAAACGUGAAAUUGCCAAUAAAAUCAAUGAAGAAAGAAAAUCAAGAAUUCUUACUAGUUCAAAUGGUAAUGACUUACCAACGAAAAUUAAGGUCAAUAAAGAAUUGGUCAAUAAAUUACAAACUAAAUUUGCUGAAAAUGGUACUGGUGACAGUAAUGCUGGUGGUGCCACUGAUUACGUCGAAUCAAUUGUUAAUGAUGAUCGUUUUAGAGAAAUGUUUGAAAACCCUGAUUUCCAAAUUGACGAAGAAUCUCAUGAAUAUAAACAAUUGAAUCCAGUUAAAUCAACCAAAGAUAUCACCACUACCAGCAUCAGCAACAACAACGGCACUACUAAUUCAAGAGGAAGAGGAUUAACGGCAGCUGAAGAAUCAGACGAAGAAAGAUUAAACAUGAAACAUUCACACCAUAUAGGAUUAGACUCAGAAGAUGAAGAUGAGGAAUCAGACUCUGACUCAGAGGACCAAUCUGAAGAUGAAACUAAAGCAGCAGAAACCAGAGAAAGAGUUGGUAAAGAAUUGAACAAAAUACGUAAAUCCAAACAACAACAACAGCAAGAUUCAAAGAAAUUCCAAAAUGAAAUGAAAAUCUUAUCUGAACAAUCGUCAUCAACAUCUUUGACAAAUACUGAUAAAGCAUCAGUAUCAUUUGGUUCUCAAGUAAAUAAAUUAAACAAAAUUUCUAAACAAAACAAACACAACAAUGGUAUUAGUAAUGCUAAAGAUGCUAGAUUACGUCGUCAUGCUCGUGGUGAAGCUGAAUUAACAUUUGUACCACAAAAAUCCAAAUCGAAAUCCACGAAACAGAAAUUCAACAAUAACGGUCAUAGUGAUGAUGAAAAUCUGGAUAGUUGGAAGAGUAAAGAUGGUGGUAGAACUAAACAAAGAUACGAAGGUCGUAGAAUGGCAUCAAAGAAUAAGUUUAGAGGUAUGUAA